UUUUUUUUAAUCGUGGGGGUGGGCAAUUUUAGUUGAUAACUAGUAGUUAGAAACCCGCCAGCGAAACGCGUUCGCUCGGUGCAUGUCAGCUCAACGGUCAACGUCAUCCGCCUUCGUGAGCAACUAAAUCGAACCUCACCAUCGUCGUCGUCGUCGUCAAGCCGGCGGACGUUAGCAGAUACCCGUUAGAAUAUCUGCCUCUUUGUUCCAAGUGCAUGGGUUUGGGUUUAUGUAAGUAAAAUGAAAACCCCGAAGCCGAUGGUAGUCUGAAGGGCUAUUCUCUCUCCGGCGAUUCUCAUCUACGAUUCUACGACUCCGGUUAUUCGCUUUAGUGGAGCAUAUCUGGACUAGAAGAGGUAAAAAAAUAUGCCCGAGAAAGAAAUGGUAGUGAUUGGAAGGAAAGUGACUCCCUCAUUAGUUGAUCUCUGUGUUAAGACAGCAAUAGAUAAUGUAAGGUACCUUGGGGAUGUUGGCGAAACGGAUCUAGAUCUUCUUGGUCAAAUUUUACCACAUUGUACAGUGGACCAAUUGAUGCAUGUGGAGAAGUGUUCAGAAGGAAGAGAUUUAAGUCCAGUUACUGACAAGCUGUGGAAGAGAUUUUAUGAAAAGCAGUUUGGUACAAGAAACACAGAGAAAGUUGUAGAGAGGAUGGCCAAAAGUUUGAAUUCAUAUAAAUGGAUCCGUUUGUAUGAGGCAAAAUCAGAAGCCGUUGCUGAGCAUGAGAAGAAAGCAGCUGCCCGAAUUAAGCAACUAUACAAGAAAGAAAAUGCACGCAAACAAAGCCGGCAAGUUCAGCUUUGCACCAAGGUUCCACCUUCAAAAUAUAAAAGAAGUUUUUAUGGUGGCGGUGGACCUGGCCACAAUGUUUCAAACCAUAAGAGCAACUUGAUGAAGAAGUCAAAAAUAGAAUUUCUUAACAGUCAUGAGGUGAAGAAUAUUGCGGCUAUGAAGAAAAAGCAGUACCAGAAACAUGAUGGUGCCUCUCCCACGAUGAAACAAGCUCGGUUUUGUGGAAUAUAUGCAGCUACAACUUCUAAACUUUUCAAGCCUGUACACAGAAGAACAUAGAAACAUGCAUUUCUGACUCUUGGCAUUGCUGUGGAGAAUUCUAUUUUGGACGUUAUCCUUGCUAAGCUUUGCAACAUUUCUGAACAAUCUGGGGUAAACGGCGAUCAUUUUAUUUCUCCUUUGUUUAUACUUGUGCCUUCCGCCUUUGUUACUAUCCUAAAUGAAGAAGAUUUGGUUGUUUUACUA